AUGCCAUCUCGACAGUUCCACCACAAGUCUCGACAUGGAUGCGCCAACUGCAAACAGAGGAAGAUCAGAUGUGGUGAAGAGCGUCCGAGUUGUGCCAACUGUAACAGACUCGGAGGACGCUGCUCGUUCCUCGAGUCAGAUGCCAGUGGAGGUCCGCUUUUCCACUCGUCGCCUGGAAGUUCAGGUAGUACUCCCCAAGCAUCAGCGGCGGGCACCCACAGUCCUCAUGAAAGGACAGAGGAUCUCGAGCAGUACGACGACGCCCUCAUCAAGCGCUGGUCAGAAGCCACCUGCUUCACCAUGAGUGACCGUUGGGAAACGUUCCGGGUGUGGCAGGUGUCCGUUCCAGCUCUUGCUUCGGACCAACCAUUUCUCAGACACGGCCUCCUGGCACUGGCAUCGAUGCACGUACGAUACACGUCUCCACCCCUGCUGCAGUCGAGGUAUCUAGACCUGGCAACUCAGCAUCAAGCCCGGGCUCUAGCGGGCUACAUCCCCGAACUGCGAACCAUAACACCGGGGAACUGUCAUGCUCUCUUCGCCUUUUCGGCGUUGCUUCUUCCCAUCCGAUACUCUUUCAUCUCAGCGAUGGAUGGUGAAAUCGACCCCGAGGACGUGCUCGGCGAGAUCACUUCGGUUUUCGACUAUGUCAUUGGCGCCACCGUCAUCGCGUCCCGGGGGGCGGGUUGGCUACGAGCAGGGGUGCUGCGGCCCCUGAUGGACAGGACGACGGAUCCCGGGGAUAUGCUCCUGUACCUGGUCAAAGAGCCACAGGAUGCCCUCCGCAGUCUCAUGGCUUACGUGGAGCACCUUGCGCGAGAAGCGGAGGCCAACAACAACAGCGAAAUCCUGGCAAAGAUUCCGAUCUAUGUACGCAGCAUUGGGAUGUUGACAAAUGCAUUUCCUAGCGAGGAUGCUGAGCGCAGGAUCUUUGACGACAUGAUCGGUUGGCCUCAUUUUGUCGGAGGAGACCUGGUGCGCCUCCUUAGGGAACGCGAUCAGAUGGCGCUCGUGGUUCUAGCACAUUACGGCGUGGCUUUGCACGCGUUCAACGGGUUUUGGUGGUUGGACAAAGUAGGGGCUCGACUGAUCCAAGCCAUCUCGCGCAUGCUGAGGCCGGAGUUCCUCGCGCUGGUCCAGUGGCCAUUGAACAGGAUCGCAGUGGAACAGGCGUCACAACAUAUGUAUAUAAUGUAG